ACCAAACCAGGAGCAAAAACAACACAAAUGGCCACUAAGCACAACUCGAGCAUCUCUCCCACUAUCCAAACUCCCUUUCUCCUCCUCCUCCUCCUCCUCUUCUCCCCCUUCUUCAACGCCGCUGCUGGACAGGAAUCAAACAGCAGCAAUGCACCGUCCCCCUCCAAUUGCAGCUGCAACACACCCUCUCCUCCCGCCCAUCCCCAGCCCUCCGACUUUCCCAACCUCAAACAAUACGUUGCCUACAACGUCAUCCAACGCUUCAAAAACACCAUCACCUGCGACCCCAACAACAUAACCUCCACCUGGACCGGCUUCUUCCCUUGCACAUACCUCGGUUUCUUCUGCGAAACCCCUCCUAACCUCGUCAACACCCCCACCAUCGCCUCCAUCGACUUCAACGGCUUCCGCCUCUGCGCCCCUUCUCUCUCCGGUUUCAUCGACGCCUUCCCGGACCUCGCUCUCUUCCAUGCCAACUCCAACAAUUUCUCAGACACAAUCCCCGACCUGUCUUCCCUUCCUUUCCUCUACGAACUCGACUUGAGCAACAAUGACCAUACCGGCCCAUUCCCCGCUGCCGUUCUCCCCCUUUUCCGACUCACCUUCAUCGACCUCCGCUUCAACCGCUUCAUCGGCACCGUCCCCCCCUCCGCUUUCAACCUCGGCCCUAACGUUCUUUUCUUGAACAACAAUCUCUUCUCCCAGCCACUCCCUGCCGAUCUCGGCCAAUCCCCUGUCAAGUAUCUUACGCUCGCUAACAACGCCUUCACGGGUCCUAUUCCGUUAUCAAUCCGCAACGCGUCAAAUACUCUUCUUGAGGUGCUUUUCCUCAACAACCUCCUCUCCGGCUGUCUUCCUUAUGAGGUUGGCUUGCUGAGGGAGGCGACGGUGUUCGACGCCGGGUUCAACUAUAUCACCGGCCCAAUACCGUUUUCGUUUGGCUGUCUGUUCAAUGUCGAGCAACUUAAUCUUGCUGGUAAUUUGUUGUACGGAAAUGUGCCAGAUGUGGUGUGCCGCCUCGCGGAGUUUGGGAAAUUGGCGAAUUUGUCGCUGUCGGAGAAUUUCUUUACGUCGUUGGGGCAUAGUUGCUGGAGGCUGGUUAAGAGUGGGGUGCUCGAUGUUCGCCGGAAUUGUAUUUUUGGGUUACCGGAGCAGAGGGCGCCGGCGGAAUGCGUGUUCUUUUUGACUCGGUGCAAGUUUUGCCCUUUGCGCAUUCAUAUACCCUGCAACCUGCCUUACUGGAAGAAGACUGUGACCGUAGCCAAUGACGGCGACGCUAAAGCUGUUAAGGCGGCGGAGGCGGAGGCGCCAGGUUACAAGAGCUAUUCGGCGCUUCACCAACCAGAUGGGAACUGAAACGAUCGCUUAAUUAUAAACGUAAUGCGGUUCGAACUCUGAAAACGAACGCCAUGACAGAAGCAUAGUAAGCACUUGUUGUUCUGUUUAAUGUAGUUGCUGGAGCGUGUAGUUUGACUGAAUAAUGUGUGAGUGUGAUGUAUUUUAUGUUCUUUAUUUUUUAAUAGGAAAUAUUAUGAAACUACUUUUUUUUA